AUGAAGUCUUCCAGCAUCCUAUCCCUCGGCUUGUUACUUGGGGCGACUAAGGCCAUCGACAUGAGAGAGUAUGCACCAGCAUGCGGGGUUGACCGAGGAUUCAGAAUCUGGUACAGGGAACUCCUUGCUUCCUUUGAGGACGCGACAACGGUUGAGGGUAUUCUCGACUGGUUCGCGCCCGGUGGCGUCAUGGUUCUCCGUGACCAGGAAGCCGCGGGGGACGAGAUUCUCCAAGCUCGUGAAGCUAUUCUACCCGCCGACGGUUCCGUGCAAUGGAAUCACUUCCCAAACACCACCAUUGUCUCUGACGAGACGCCGACGAACAAGUCCUUUGUGGUCUCUGGGGUCUUGCAGAUCACCAACGGAACCUGUGCCACAACCUACUUCCAAACACUCUUCACUGUCGAAAAGGACUUGACAACCGGCCAAGCGGACCUUGAGUCGCACGGCGGCCGCAUUCUCGUCUACCACGGUUUCUCUAUCAACGCAACGACCGAUCCCUGCAUCAAAUAG